GCCUACAAAAAGGCCCAUUUGUAGUUGGAAAAGUAAAGCCCAAUAGCUGACGACUCGGUAUCAGUCGCCGGUUUAUGGUUAAUGCAGCCGAGUCCGAGAUCGGAGACAUUGGAAGAGAAAGAAGAUGUUGAGAACUCGGCUUCUCUGGUUUACGCUUGGAUUCUCCGUCACCGGAGCUUCGGUGGCUCAUCUCUUGUGGCGGGAUCUAUACGCCGAACGCUUCGCUAUCUCUUCUGAUAUGAAAGAGAAGUUCGGAGCUUUGGAAUCUAGAGUUUCGGGUCUGGAGUCUGCCGGUCACGAGAACCCGAGUCCAGCUCAGGUUGAGAGUUGAGACUCGUGGAAGCAUCCAAGCCCAACUCCUUCAAUAACUUUGCUUGUCUGUGAGAGAGUUGCAAUCUUGAUUUGGAACUUCACAGUUACUUCUUCUUCAAACCAAGCUUCAAAAUGACUUGUCUUUUGUAUCAAGACCUCUUCUUUUAGCAAUACUUGCGUUUGUGUUACAAAACCAUCCGGCUUUCUUAUUUAUUACAAAGAAAUAAUUGAGUACAUUCGUUUCCUUCUAAAGAGGGAUUUGUA